GAAAUAAGGUCAGUAUGAUGACACUGCAAAAUGUUGAAUGAAGUGUUACCCUUUCUUACCAGGAAGUUUGAAUAAAGAGACUGGCAGAGAUGGCAAAAGGCAACGCCGAUGGUGUGGGAAACAGAAUGACAAUUGACGAUUUGGUCGAGGCUUUGGAUAGGCGGGAUUUGAGGCGAGGGAAUGUCCCUAAGGUUGACACCUUCCUGUUCAAGGGCGAACAGGUAUCUGAUUGGAUGGAGUUAGUAGCAGGCGAUGAGGGGUCUAGCGGACGCAGCGAAAUUCCAGCGCAUCCUAAAGUCUCUGAUUGGCUCGACUUGGUAGAACAAGCGCUAAUGGGGUUAUCGCACGCUGUGAAAUUUCAGCGGAUUCUGAAGUAUGUGCUCCAUAGUCAUCAUCAAGAGGUAGAGAAGGUUCUGAACGCAGUUAAUGGCAGUUGGACAAGAUUCAAAGAUGGAAUGCAGAGGGAGUAUAGGUUGGGCGAUGGCCUGUUAACCAUUGCGGACCUGGAGGCCAUGAACAGGGAUGACUUCACCACAGUGGGGGCCUUCGUGCAAGAGUUUAAAAAGAAGGCGAGGAAGGUCCCUGGGAUCUCUGAGGAAGCGCAUUGUGCUAUUUUCCUAGGAUUACUCACUGCCUCGGAAGCGACGGAACUCACAAGCCAUAUAGGAGGAAGUGCGAAGCUCACCUGGGCCACUAUUGACGAAGGAGUAGAGCAAGGAAGUCUGGACCAAGUGGAGCAGUAUCAGAUGCGCCUGCAAAGGCGAAAGAGGAAAGAACGGGAUGCAACCGCUUCAAGGACCCCGGGAGUGAAGAGGAUUGUCACCGACGUACUUGUGGAACUGGGCUAUGGGAAGGAAGUGGUGAUACAAGAGGUGGUGACGGCGAUCCAGGGAAAAGGGAAGGAUCCAGUGAUAGAGGAAGCCGUCCAGGAGGAGUGGGAAGAAGAGGAGCCGGCGCCCCAGCACCUUUCAAAAGCGCUACGCAAACAGCGCAACUUAACGCAGGGAGGGCAAGGCUCAAGAAAGGGGCAGGCGCCCCAAGUGCUAGGUGGUAGCCUCGCCAAGUACGUCAGCUCCAUCAAGCAGCGCGGGACCUUCACAAGCGGCGGUACCACCAUACGGGCAGUGGUCAUGGCCUGUGCUCAACACCUUUGUGCCAUGGGGAAACCCGACUCCAUCUGGGCGGAUGGUACCAUAUGCUGGGCCCCAAGCCAGUAUGUCACCACCAACCUAUCCCGCAACACAAGCCAACCCAUGGCGCCACCUCCGUCGCCCGCGUCGAGUUCACAAGGUAGUGUGCCUGGUAGAGGCUCCAAGUGCGUAGCAAUGGUGGACACGGGAGCAAAGAUAGACCGCUCGGAUUGCGGCAUUUUACAUGGAGCCAACUGCAAGGCAGUGUUUUGUGGGACAGCCUCGAACGUACUUAUCGAGGUUGGGAGAGUGAAAGCCUGGGCAUGCUUCUUUAUCAUGCCAGAUGUGGACCAUGGCAUCCUCUUGGGAAGGUCGUUCCUGUGCAGGACAAGAACAUUGAUGUUUAAUAAGCACGACGGAACUCUGAUCCUGAUUAUGUGUGAUCCGGCAUGUGGAAAUUAUGAAAUAAUCACUUGCCGGAACAUCGGUCCACGGAGCGUAAGGAACCGGCUCAAUCCUGGCUCGUUUACAAUCGAAGAAUCUGAGGAUGAGCGUCAAAGACUUCAUAUGGAGCCAGAGGAGGAAGAAAGGGGUGAGGUGUUCUCCCUUAGUUUAUCGGACGUAAACAAGGUCAUGGAUAUAGUGGCCACACACAAGAUGGCGGAUCCAAACGCCAUUCAGGCGUUGAGGGAGCAAGUCCUGGAGUGUCCCCAGGCUGGGGAACUGAAGUUGGUCUAUCAGCUUCCGGGCGGAAGGAGGGACCCUGCGUUGAUGCAGACACAAGCAAUAAGCCGACCUUUUUUAGGGGACGGUUCAAACAGGGUUCCCGAAGGCGGUACAAGACGAUAGAUAAGAAGUGUCGCCCAGUUCCCGUCCUCGUCACGGCAGAUGAGGAGGUUUAUUACGAACGCGAACGAG